CGGCGAGCGCAUCAAGAUCCAGCUGUGGGAUACAGCAGGCCAGGAGCGCUUCCGAAAGAGCAUGGUGCAGCACUAUUACAGGAACGUCCAUGCUGUUGUGUUUGUAUAUGAUAUGACAAACAUUGCCAGUUUCCACAGUCUGCCGUCAUGGAUCGAGGAGUGCAAACAACACCUUCUUGCCAAUGAUAUACCACGGAUUCUCGUUGGAAAUAAAUGUGACCUGCGAAGUGCUAUUCAGGUACCUACGGACUUGGCCCAGAAAUUUGCUGAUACUCACAGCAUGCCACUGUUUGAAACCUCUGCCAAAAACCCCAAUGACAAUGACCAUGUGGAGGCCAUAUUUAUGACACUGGCUCACAAGCUUAAAAGUCACAAGCCAUUAAUGCUUAGUCAACCCCCAGAGCAUGAUGAAAUACAUAUAAAACCUGAACCAAAACCUCUCAUGACCUGCUGGUGUUAAAGCAUACCAUUAUCAGUUAUUGCCUUGUCUUGUUUGCAAAUGCUUAAAAAUCAUGAUCUCAGCAAAGUUCCAGGUUUUGGUAACAGUUAUAGCGAAUCUCUUUGGCACUUUAAUGUGUUUUGUUUUGUUGGGUUUUUUUAACUGGUGUAUAGAUGUACCCAUCUCAUGUUCUUGCACUUUGU